AUGAGCGAUGUUCCUUUCCCCCCAUCCGGUGGAGCUCGAGCUCCAACCUCAUACCCCAGCAUCUCCUCCAUCCCACGACGCUCCUCCUACGCUUCUGUAGUUUCCGGCAACGCAUUUCCGCCCUCGUUCUCCAACCUUCUCACCGAGUCCCUUCCAUCCUCAACUUUCGACCGAGUCCACCGGGCUCCGUUCGGCGUGGAUGCCGACAUGCAAAUGAACUCCGCCUGGAGACCCAACUCUCUUCCACCCCAUUCCCGCAAAUAUGCCGGGUUCCUCCAGUCCGAUGUCCCACACCCAGGACUCCUCGAUCCCCCAUUCUUGACCCCCUCCUACCUCCGCAACUCCCGCUACCUGGCCCGGCUCGAGACCGCCCAUCGGGCCAAACUCACCAGAGACUCCAACCCGCCCCUCUCCGCCUCGCCUAGCAAUGCUCACCUUCCUCGCAUUGCUCCGUCGCACCGCGGCAUGACUUAUGAUAUUAUCGAGAAGGAACCCCCGACCACGGAUUCUCUUUCCCCGCUGCCCAGUCAAUGGAGCUCGGCGGACAAGUACGCCGGUCUGGAAUUGAGCAACGACUCGUUCGACGUUCGGUAUACCGGUCCUGUCCAUAAGCAUGAUCAUGAAGCUGCGGCCUUGCGCGCGGACCACCCCAUGCCGCCCCAGUGCGGGAUCUAUUACUUUGAAGUCAAAAUUGAGUCCAAGCCAAAAGAGGGUAUGAUCGGUAUUGGAUUCUCCAGCCCAAAAGCUUCGGUUGAAAGACUUCCAGGGUGGGAGCAGGAAUCUUGGGCCUAUCAUGGCGAUGACGGGAAGUCGUUUUUCGGCGAGAGUCAAGGCCAGGGUCGAGCAUAUGGACCGACAUUCACUGUCGGCGACACUGUGGGAUGCGGUGUAAACUUUUCGACUGGGUCGGCCUUCUUCACUAAGAAUGGCAUCUUUUUGGGUAUGUCUCGUGGGCUUGGAAACGAAUCGCAGCUAACGGGAUCAGGCAACGCGUUCCACGAGCUGCGCAAUGUGAAGCUAUAUCCGUCCGUCGGGAUGAAGAAACUGCCACCAGUACACCUCAAAGCGAACUUUGGACAGGAGCCUUUCGUUUUUGAUAUCGACAGUAUGGUUAGGGUAUGUGUUGGGUGCUUUCCGUGGAUGAAAUCCGCUAAUUUCCAGCAGCAAGAGAGAGAGGCCAUUCAGUAUGAGAUCAACGCCACACCUACAACAAAUCUCCAACCGCCAUUGGACGAGUCGACGCUUCUACAAGAGCUAGUUGCACAGUUCCUUGCCCACGACGGGUAUGUAGAGACAGCUCGCGCCUUCGCCGGAGAAGUAGCCUCGGAAACCUUAGCCCUGCAAAACGGCCGCAACGAGCCAUUAAAGAAAUAUGAAGUGGAAGAAGACCACGAAGCCAUCAACAGGAACAAAAUCCGCUCUGCAAUCCUGGACGGGGACAUCGACAAAGCCCUCAAACACACAAAAGCAUACUACGCAAACGUCCUCGAAGCAAAUCCCCAAAUCCACUUUAAGUUGCGCUGCCGCAAAUUUCUCGAAAUGAUGCGUCAUUCCAACGAGAUCAGUACACGUCCUCCCUCCGCACAUUCCCACGAACAUGCCGUCUUCGAUCAUGAAAUGGAACUUGACGAUGAUACCGACGGCUCCUUUAACCAGCUACUCACCGAGGCCGUGCAGUACGGCCAGCAGCUUCGGGCGGACUACCCUAAUGAUGACAACGGUGGCGACAAGAAAUUACUGGAUGAUAUAUUCUCUCUCGUUGCGUAUCCUGACCCGAAACGAAGCGUCCACGGUCAUUAUCUGGAAACAAAGGGACGUGUUGCUGUCGCUGAGGAGUUGAACUCGGCAAUCUUGGUGUCGUUGGGUAAAUCAUCCGCUGCCGCUCUGGAGAGGUUAUACCAACAGACGGAAGUUUUGGUUAAUGAGAUCAGUGAAGACGGCGGCGCUGGGGCGUUCAUUAAUGUUCGGAAUGAUGUUCUGCUUUGA